AUGGGUAACAAGAAUGGUGAGAGUGUUUGGCAAUUUGACAAAACCGUAAAUUGGGUAAAUGAAAGAGGGAAACGGAUAAAAAGUCUUGGUGAUUCACCACAAUUCGAAUUGCUUCGCCAUCUCCUCCGCAAGUUUGUCGAAUCCGAGCAUUGGCGAGUACAACUCUUCACGUUGUGGAAUCAACAACGGGUUGAUGACAGAUUUCGCAAGAAGAGACUCAGGCGACGUGUCGGGAUCCUGAUAUGGAGAGUUGACUGUUUUCCAAUCAUCGUGAAUGGCAAGACUCCGGCUGUGGCUGCAGCUUCGAUGAGCAUCGACUCGAAUGGACUGACUGGACGACUCGCCAUGUUCAGGUUGUCCAAUGAGAAGAAUGAAGAUGGGUCGAACGGCCGCCAGCAUGAAGGUGGGAGAUUUCCCGCUUCUGAAAAAUGA